CACAUCCCGCUAGAUGAUGUGUGAAUCUUUUCGGCGGGUUUUUGGAUUUGCCAUCUGUCAGGAAUGGUAAACGGGCUUUCUCGCUGAAGACCGAGCCAACCUAUUGCACUUUUUCAUUGGAAAACGUAAACAUCUCUGUGCAGGGUCGCCUGCAUUAAUGGUAAAAAAGCGGACAACUUUGUCUAACCGGCUGCGCAAGAGAAAGUGAGCCACACGCAUACAUUGACAGUGGUGAGAUUAUAAAAAGGCUCUGAGCGCCCGGGAGGCUCCGACCCCUUUCGCUUUGAAGAUUAUAGGGUUGACGACGUCUGAAGGACACUUAGAACUGGAUUAGGUAUUGUGCAGCCUAACCUACUUCUCAUCACUCCUACAUCUUGUCCUCUGAAUAUUUGCGCAAUGACCUUUGGUGCACUUGGAAUACAUCGGGUGCGUCCCUGAGGUGUGAGUGUGAAUUUGACUAAAGGGCAUGAUGUGGUAUGAUCACAGGAACUCAAAUCAGGUGGGCAGGCAAUAAGGCUUGACAGAAGAUGAGACGGGGGUGGUGGCUCGUCAGAUGGCUGGGGACAGGAAUGGCAAUCCUCUCUUUGCUAACCCACAGCUGGGGCCAGGACACAGAAGACUGGCAGUAUGAGGAGUGUAAACUGUCCCGGCCAGGCCCCCCUGCAACCAUAGUGACCAUUGAUGAGGAGAGCCCCAAUGGUACAGUUUUGGUGGAAAACAUGCAGAUAAAUGGCCGUGCCCAAGACCCAGGCAGAACCAUCUCAUUGACAUUGCUGGACAACUAUGACUACUGGGUGAUACUGGAACCAUCACGACAGAGGCUCUACCUCAACAGCACUGGGCGCGUUCUGGACAGAGACCCCCCCAACUCUAUCACCACCAUUGUGGUUGUGGUCCAGUGUACCAAUGAGCUGGUUGGUACUGUCAUUUUUCAUGAGGUAAGGAUAGUUGUGAGGGACAGGAAUGACAACAGCCCUCGCUUUCAGCAGCCACGCUACUAUGUUGCAGUUAACGAGCUCACACCAGUUGGAACGACCAUUUUCACUGGCUUCUCAGGAAAUAAUGGAGCUACAGACAUCGACGAUGGGCCCAAUGGACAUAUAGAAUACAGCAUCCUUUACAACCGCAAUGACCCGGCAUCUAACAGAACAGUGAGUGUCGCAAACACCCUUUCAGGAAACAUUAUUCUGGCAGAGAGGCUAAACUAUGAGGAGAGAACUCGCUACCUGGUUUUGGUUCAAGCCAAUGACCGCGCUCCCUACCCCCCCAACAGACUAACGGCUACCACAACUCUGACUGUGGACGUUCUUGACGGAGACGACCUGGGCCCCAUGUUCCUGCCUUGCAUUUUGGUGAACAACACCCGUGACUGCAACCCCCUCACCUACCGUGUUGCUAUCCCCGAAUUCACUCAACCGAGUAAACUGAACCCACUAAAUGUGACCCCUGCAAUCCUGGCCGUGGACAUGGACAGAAACAUACAGCCCCCAUCAGACAGACCUAGCAUUCUUUACUACAUCCUGGUUGGUCAUCCAGUCACAUAUCCAGAGUAUUUCACCCUGAACAGAACGACUGCAGAGCUGCGUGUUCUGAAGCCUAUCAGCAGGGACUUGUAUCAAAGGUUCACGCUCAUCAUCAAGGCAGAACAGGACAACGGUCACCCCCUCCCAGCCUAUGCUGACCUCAUUAUCGACAUCCUGGAUGAGAACAACCAGGCACCAUAUUUCCAGUUUGCUACCUAUCAGGGAUAUGUGAGUGAGUCCUCCCCAGUGGGUACGACUAUCUCAGCCAGUGCCAACCUCACUGCUGCCCUGGGAAUCAUCGUUCUGGAUAAUGACAUUGAGGAGCUGGCUCCUGGUGAUACACCUACGAAAGACCCCAUGGUAAGAAUUACCCUGGUAGACUACACCACGAUCUUCGGCCUGACCCCAACUGGGAUAAUCCGCUACCUGAGGCUCAUCGAACCUGUGGACCGGGAGAAGCAGAUGGCCUAUACUUUCACGAUGUUGGCAUCAGAUGGCGUCCAGCAGAGUAGACCAGUAACUGUCAACAUCCUGGUCAUUGAUGCCAAUGACAAUACGCCCACGUUUGCGAAGGUCUCCUACAGCGUUGAAGUCUUCACAAACAUGCAGCCGGGGGAGACGGUAUUACAGUUAACAGCAACAGAUGCUGAUGAGGGACUGAACGGUCUGGUGACCUAUGAGAUACUGGCUGGUGACCAGGGACAUUUCAUAAUUAGUAAUCGCACUGGACGCAUCACUGUGGCGCUUGGUGUCACUUUGACUGUGGGACGAUCUUACGCACUCACUGUCAAGGCCUCUGACAAUGCACCAGAGACCCAGAGAAGGAGCUCCAUCACCACAGUGUACAUUGAAGUUUUGCCUCCCAACAACCAGAGCCCCCCACGCUUCCCUCUCCUCACCUACAACCUGGAAGUCAGCGAAGCCAUGAGGAUAGGAGCUAUUCUGCUCAAUCUGCAAGCCACAGACAGAGAAAACGACCCAAUCACAUACCACAUUGUGAGUGGGGAUUCCCAGAAGGUUUUCAACCUCUCUGAAACGAUUGGCCUUCUGCUUCUAGGAAAGCCUCUGGACAGAGAGAACACAGAUCAGUACCGUCUGAUUGUCACAGCCUCCGACGGCAACCCUGGAGGGACAUCCACUACUACUGUGAACAUAGUCGUCACUGAUGUCAACGAUAAUGACCCUAAGUUUGACCUCACCAUACUCAAGAAUUUUACUGUCCGAGAAGAAGAGGCCAAUUUGUUUGUCGGACAAGUCAGGGCGACAGAUCCAGAUGCAGGGGUUAAUGGCCAGGUGCGCUAUCAGAUCGUGAAUCAUCCAGACUUGUUUAUAAUCAGUGCUAACGGCAGCAUCUACACAAGAGUACCUCUUGACCGGGAGCUUAGGAGCCAGUAUGAGCUGGUGGUAGAGGCCUCAGAUGGAGCAGUGGAUCCACGGCGGACCGCCUUGACCCUCUCAAUCCAGAUUACGGAUAUCAAUGACAACAGCCCAGUCUUCUCCCAGCAAACGUAUACGGUGAAUGUACCUGAGAACAGCCCUGUUGGAACUGUGAUCCUAAAGCUAAGCGCGGUGGACUUAGACCUCUUCUCCAAUGUCACAUAUCGGAUCAAGACUGAAUCGGCCAGACAGCUGUUUUCUCUGAACCCUGUCACAGGGGAGUUAGCUGUGCUGCAGACCCUGGACUUUGAGGACUUGGCAGCUAUGGGCAUGGGGGCCUCCUACACUUUUCAGGUGGAAGCUGUCGACCAAGGAGGGGUCAUGCCCCCAGGGCAGGCUACCAUCACGGUCCGAAUUACGGACAUGAAUGACUUCUCCCCCAUCUUUACCCAAGACCUGUAUACAGGCUUGGUGGCACCCAAUGCGGAGAAAGGAACGGUCAUCACAACUGUUUUUGCUAAGGACCAAGACCCACCAGGUACUCUGGCUAGUUUUGUCCGCUACAGAGUGGACCUGGACAGGUCACCAUACAGUGGGAGCAUCUUUGAUGUGGAAGUGGAAACUGGAAGAGUCAUCACUAAGGUCAACCUCAAUGAGGAGCCCAGUGUCACAUUUAAGUUGUUUGUUAUAGCCUAUGAUGAUGGGGAGCCGGUGAAGUCUAACAGUACCUUGGUGGAGAUCACUGUUCUUCAGCCUUCUCGCAUCCCAAUCUUCACCCAGGAAGAGUACAGGUUUCCUCUAGUUAGUGAGCUGGCUCCAUUUGGCACCCUGGUGGGGACUAUUCUCGCUGCUGCUAUCGAUCAAACCAUCUUCUACUCCAUUGUGGCAGGAAAUGAACUAGGUCAUUUUCAGGUGAACAACAGGACAGGCGUCAUCUCCACAGCUAAACCUCUGGAUUAUGAAAAUGUGACCAGCUAUGUCCUCCGGGUCCAGGCGGACUCUAUGUUGGUUGUCAUGUCCAACCUGCGUGUGCCUUCUAAAACUAACACAGCCAAGGUGUUCAUUGAGGUGCUGGAUGAGAAUGACCACCCUCCCGUCUUCUCCAGGAAGCUCUACAUAGGUGGCGUGACGGAAGACAGCAAGAUCUUCAGCUCUGUGCUCAAGAUAGUGGCCACUGAUAAGGACACUGGGAAUUACAGUGCGAUGGCAUACCGCCUGAUUAUUCCGCCCACACCAGAGGGCCAGGACAGCUUCGUCAUCGAGACCUACACGGGUAUUAUCAAGUCGGCCAUUAUGUUUCGAAAUAUGCGCAGGUCCUACUUCAGCUUUGAAGUUAUUGCCACAGACAACUAUGGAAAAGGUCUCAGCAGCAGGGCAGACGUGGUGGUUUCCGUGGUCAACGCAUUGGACAUGCAAAUUGUUGUGUCUACUGUCCCACCUUCUUUAGUGGAAGCGAAUAGGGAGCAGCUCAUUAGUAUUCUGGAGCGCCACAUCCAGGACCAGAUUCCAGGUGCCAAGGUGAUUGUAGAGUCAAUCGGGCCACGUCGUCAUGGCGAUGGCUUUGAACUAGAGGACUACAGUAAGUCGGACCUGAUGGUGUACGCCAUUGACCCGCUCACCAACAGGGCCAUCUCGCCCAAGGAGCUCUUCAAAUUUCUAGAUGGGAAUGUGCUGGAAAUCAACAAGGAGUUCCAGCCGUACCUGGGCGAGGGUGGACGCAUCCUUGAGAUCCGCUCUCCAGACAUUGUGGCUAGUGUGAAGAAGGCGGCGCAGGCUGUGGGCUACACAGAGGGAGCUCUCCUGGCCCUGGCCAUCAUCAUCAUCCUCUGCUGCAUCCCUGCUAUCCUUAUCGUCAUGGUCACCUACAAACAAUUCAAAGAGCGACAGGCUGAGUGUUCCAAAACUGCCAGGAUUCAGAUGGCUUUACCACCAGGAGGGAAAGCAGCUCCAGCGGUUGCUCCCAGUGCUAAUCUCUAUGAGGAGCUGGGCGACAGCAGCAUCAAGCGAGGCUACGGCAGACAGCAACAGCAACUGCUGAGGCCAUCUCUUCUGAGACCUGAGGAACUCUCCAUGGAGUCAGGUAUCGACCCAGGCCAGGACUACUAUGCACAAGACUACUAUAAUUAUGACCAAGGGUAUGACAUUCCUCAGUAUGGCAGUCGGAGGAGGCUGAUACCGCCCAUGUAUGAUGAAUAUGGAGAGGUGAUCAUGGAGGAUGAUGGGUAUUACUACAGUCCUCAUGGCCCUGAGGACCAGGCCAGAGGAAGAGGCAGGGGCCGUGGUAGAGGUGCACCUAAGAGGGUUGCAUUUAGGGACAUGCCACCAGGUGAUGGAAUCGAACAAGCUGAGCCAGCAGAGGUGACUGAGCCUUCUAAGGCUGCCAAGAAACUGAAGUCUGUCAUGAAACUCAGCAAACUCCUGGCAGCCAGCAAGGGGGGAGACCAACCGUCUGUUGCUGGUCCUUCUGGCCCAUCUCCAUGGAAGAAAGCCAAGAUGUUCAAGAUGUUUGGUGCCGGGAAGAAGGACAAGGAUUACGCCAAACUGAUGUCAGCCCGCCGUAUUGACAGCCAGGAGAGCCUGACUGGCGGACCAGCAGUUACAGGACUAAUAGACAGCAAGUCUGAUACCCGCAGCCGGCUCGGCAAAGUUUUAAAGAAAAUCAAGUUAGGCAACAAGUUGCAGCUUCGGAGGAAGUCACAAAGUAGUGUGAGUCGUGGCUCGGCCACAGGCAGCGAAAGAGAUGAGGAGGACUCGCAAGCAGCCAGUGAAGAUGACAAGAAGUCUAAAGUGUCCAUUAGUGUGACAGAAAGUGAGCCAGAAGCAGGUGUCAGUGGAAGCAGUAAGGAGAAAGACUCUGAUGAUGAAUCCUCUGAGAAAAGCAGUCUUGACAGAGAUUAUCUGAAAGUCGAUUUGGACCGAGAUGAUGCCAACGAAAGCACUGUGGACUCAGAGGAAGAGCCUGAGGACGAGCCUGGUGAUUCUGAUGAGGAAAGCAAGUCCAAAUCUGAAGGUGAAGAAACUGAGAAGGAAUCUGUCAGUGGGAAAGAAUCUGGGACGGAAAGAGAAUCAGAUUCUGAGAAAGAUUCAGAGUCAGAGAAGUCAUCAGCUACAGACAAAGAAUCCGAGACUGAGAAAGAGUCUGAGUCUGAGAAAGAGUCUGAAUCUGAGAAAGAAUCAGAAUCAGGCACAGCAACAGAGAAAGAAACAAGCACAGGAAAGGAUUCAGGGACAGAGACAGACUCUGAUGAAGAGUCUGAGGAGGAAAAGGCUUCAGGGAGCACUAGAGAAAGUGGGUCUUCUGCCCGCUCUUCCAUGAAAUCAUCAGCUACUGGUGCCAGCAAGGAGAGCAGCGCUUCAAGCGUGAGUGGUAGUGGCAGUGCGAGUGGCAGUGGCAGUGGGAGUGGCAGCCGGAGUGGGACCAGAGGAAGUGAAAGUGCAAGUGAGAGUGGCAGUGGUAGUGCUAGCAGUGCUGCAUCUUUAUCUGGCUUAAGUGUUAGGUCAUCCAAGAGAACCAGAUCAUCAGGAAGUGCAGUAACCUCUGAGAAGUCCAGUGAAGAACUCAGUGAGGGCGAGUCAGGGACAGGGACAGCCAGCGAGGCAGAGUCGGGGUCAGGAAGUGAAGGCUCUUUGUCUCGAGGAUCCAGCCAGAGGAAAAUGUCUGGCUCAGAGUCCGGUGGAGGGUCAGAGUCCGGCAGUCAGAUGACAGACCAGAGUUCCCUAGGCAGCCAGGAGAGUUCAGCUGGUUCCCGGUCCACCAGUGGCAGCCGACGUUCCCAAAAGUCCAUCCUGAGCCAUGGAUCUGAGGACACAAUCACAGAGGAAAGUGAAGAAGAGGAUGAGGAAGAAUCUGAGAGUGCUGACGAGAGCAAAGACUCGGCCAGCGAGCUCAGUGAUGACUCGCCUGAGAUAUCUAGGUUGGCGUCUAGAGACCCUGGGCCCUCGGCCCCCUACACUGGUCCCACAUACAGCUCAGACAUCAGAAGCAUUGGUGACACCUCUGUAGAGACAUACGGAGGACUGUCCCCUAUCACUGAGGUGGACGAGGACGCCAUCUCCUCUGACAAAUCUUCAGCCAGUGCCUCCGGAUCAGAGGCCGGCAGUACAUCGAAGGGAUCAGCGACAUCAAAUGCUGAUUCAGAGUCUGAAGGAAACUCAACUGCCUUGUAGAGAGAUACAUAUAUUGUCCACUGUGAACCUGGGAAAAAGAAGCGGAUUAAGCUGGUGGUAGAUCCCGAGAACGAGACCAGUUCCACAGGAGAAGAGAGCACCACAGAGACCCAGAGAAACCGACCCCCCAACAGCCAUAGCAGCAUCAAUGGUAACAUCUACCUUGCACAGAACGGCACUAUUGUCCGAACUAGGC